AUGGUGGGACUGGUGGGUCGUCAAAGAUUGCGAGCCACAAGAGGUGCCCUGGUGCUACUGGGCUGUGCGCUCUUCGCUUGUCGGGCCUGCUGUUUUACCCUCGCCGGAGGCUCUGCAGCCGUUGGUGCGCGCAACUCAAGAUCGGCUUUGGACGGGCCAAAGCCCUCGCCGCCUUCGUCGCGGCUUUCCCGAAGAUAUUGGCAGUCCAGCGGCCCUAAGCCGGAAGAGGAGACAGUGGAAGGAACUGUGAUUCCAGGUCUUAUCCUCACUGCUCUCAUCACCUACCUUGGAGUGGUGCCACUGACAUUCGGGGUAACGCCCGAGUUUCUGGUCUCCUUAGUCAUUAUUGCCAUCUUGGGCAUCUUUGCCAACACAUGGGCGCUGGCUGUCAACAUGAACCUGCCGACGUGGAUAGAUUUUCAAAUCCAAAAGCAGCGUCAAGAGAAGAAAGCCAAGGAAAGUCCGUGGCCAUGGUCCAGGUAA